GGUCGGGGUCGGGGUCGGCGCCGACUCCGCGCGGGCUCGGGUCUUGAUAGCUGCGGUACGCGCACGGGGGGCCGCCGGGACCCGCACCUGCGCCCGCGCCUAGAAUCGCCCUGCCCACGCGUGGUGCCGGGCCGGGGGCGCCCGGGAGAACAGCUGAGGCCGGGCCGAGGGGCGCCCGCUCCAGGUUCGCCCCGCCUGGCGUCGCCUAAGCCUGUGCUGGCUGCGCAGGGGCGGGGGCCGGGCAAAAGUUACCCGGUCUCGCGCCGACCCCCGCUGCCCUUCCCGGCCGAGAGGCCGACCCGAGCCCUGCGCCCGGAGCGGGGCGCGGUUCUCCUUCCGGGGAGAGGCGCGAGGGAAGCAGGCGCGCCCGGGAGACGUGCGUGCGCGCGCGGGCUUUUGCCGGGAGCCCGACCGAGAGCCCCGCGGGCCUCUGGGUGGCACCCCGCGCCCGGCCCUUGUAUGGCAGUGGCGGCGGCGUUGGAGGCUUCCGGCCCAGACACCGCCCAGCUCGGCCCGCAGGCUCCCGAGGCCGCGGCGGAGUCCGCAGGCGGGACGCGCUCCCUGCGCUACUCGUCCUGCGGGGUCGCCGGGCCGGCCCUCGAGUCUCCCUGCGUGUAGGGGAGGGUGUGAGAAAGUUUCCGGAAUGGAACACGUCUCCUGUGCUGCUUGGGAGGGGGGCGCCUGGAAACAGCUGCGAAGGAAGGGUGCCCACGGCCUGCGAGAGGAACCUGAGUUUGUGACUGCUCGAGCUGGCGAGGGCGUGGUCCUGCGAUGCGACGUGAUCCACCCUGUGACGGGACAGCCCCCACCCUACGUGGUAGAGUGGUUCAAGUUUGGGGUCCCCAUCCCUAUCUUCAUCAAAUUUGGCUACUACCCGCCCCAUGUGGACCCUGAGUAUGCAGGCCGGGCCAGUCUCCAUGAUAAAGCCUCCCUGCGGCUGGAGCAGGUGCGCUCUGAGGACCAGGGCUGGUAUGAGUGCAAAGUGCUCAUGCUGGACCAGCAGUAUGACACCUUCCACAAUGGCAGCUGGGUGCACCUCACCAUCAACGCCCCUCCCACCUUUACAGAAACACCCCCCCAGUACAUCGAGGCCAAGGAGGGGGGCAGUAUUACCAUGACCUGCACAGCUUUUGGGAACCCCAAGCCUAUCGUCACCUGGCUCAAGGAGGGGAUGCUCCUCAGUGCUAGUGGGAAGUACCAGGUGAGUGAUGGCAGCCUGACGGUGACGUCCGUCAGUCGAGAGGACAGAGGUGCCUACACCUGUCGGGCAUACAGUAUCCAGGGGGAGGCUGUCCAUACCACCCACCUGCUUGUCCAAGGGCCUCCUUUCAUCGUUUCCCCUCCUGAAAACAUCACUGUCAACAUCUCCCAGGAUGCUCUGCUCACCUGCCGGGCAGAGGCGUAUCCAGGCAACCUCACAUACACUUGGUACUGGCAGGACGAGAACGUCUACUUCCAAAACGACCUGAAGCUGAGGGUGCGGAUCCUGAUUGACGGGACACUGAUCAUCUUCCGGGUGAAGCCAGAGGAUGCUGGGAAGUACACUUGCGUCCCUAGCAACAGCCUGGGGCGCUCCCCUUCAGCCUCGGCAUACUUGACUGUGCAGUACCCGGCCCGUGUCCUCAACAUGCCCCCCGUGAUCUACGUGCCUGUGGGCAUCCACGGCUACAUACGCUGCCCCGUGGAUGCAGAGCCGCCAGCAACUGUGGUGAAGUGGAACAAGGACGGCCGCCCCCUGCAGGUGGAGAAGAACCUGGGAUGGACCUUGAUGGAGGAUGGCUCCAUUCGGAUCGAGGAGGCCACUGAGGAGGCUCUUGGCACGUACACGUGUGUGCCUUACAACACCCUGGGGACCAUGGGCCAGUCCGCUCCCGCGAGGCUCGUCCUGAAGGACCCCCCGUAUUUCACGGUGCUACCAGGCUGGGAGUACAGGCAGGAGGCCGGCCGAGAGCUACUCAUCCCCUGUGCAGCCGCAGGGGACCCCUUCCCCGUCAUCACCUGGAGAAAGGUAGGGAAGCCCAGCAGAAGCAAGCACAGUGCCCUGCCCAGCGGGAGCCUCCAGUUCCGUGCCCUGAGCAAGGAGGAUCAUGGGGAGUGGGAAUGUGUUGCCACCAAUGUGGUCACGACCAUCACUGCCAGCACCCACCUCACCGUCAUAGGCACCAGCCCCCAUGCCCCAGGCAGUGUCCGGGUCCAGGUCUCCAUGACAACUGCCAACGUGUCCUGGGAACCCGGCUAUGACGGAGGCUACGAGCAGACUUUCUCAGUUUGGUACGGACCUCUGAUGAAGCGGGCACAGUUUGGGCCCCAUGACUGGUUGUCCUUGUCAGUGCCGCCGGGCCCCAGCUGGCUGCUAGUGGACACCUUGGAGCCCGAGACCACAUACCAGUUCAGUGUCCUGGCCCAGAACAAGCUGGGCACCAGCGCUUUCAGUGAGGUGGUCACUGUGAAUACUUUAGCAUUCCCUAUCACAACUCCAGAACCUCUGGUGCUGGUUACCUCACCAAGGUGCCUCACAGCCAACCGGACCCAGCAGGGUGUGCUCCUGUCCUGGCUCCCCCCUGCCAACCACAGCUUCCCCAUCGACCGCUACAUCAUGGAGUUCCGGGUCGGGGAGCGCUGGGAGAUGCUAGAUGAUGCCAUUCCAGGCACUGAUGGAGAUUUCUUUGCCAAGGAUCUGUCGCAGGACACCUGGUACGAGUUCCGGGUUCUGGCUGUCAUGCAGGACCUGAUCAGUGAGCCCAGCAACAUCGCCGGUGUCUCCAGCACAGACAUCUUCCCGCAGCCGGACCUGACUGACGACGGGCUGGCCCGGCCUGUGUUGGCCGGGAUCGUCGCCACCAUCUGCUUCUUGGCAGCUGCCAUCCUGUUCAGCACUCUGGCUGCCUGCUUUGUCAACAAGCAGCGCAAGCGCAAGCUCAAGCGAAAAAAAGAUCCUCCACUGUCCAUCACUCACUGCAGGAAGAGCCUCGAGUCUCCCCUGUCCUCUGGCAAGGUGAGUCCAGAGAGCAUCCGCACACUCCGCGCCCCGUCUGAGUCUUCAGAUGACCAGGGCCAGCCCGCCGCCAAGAGGAUGCUGAGCCCUACCCGGGAGAAGGAGCUGUCCCUGUACAAGAAGACCAAGAGGGCCAUCAGCAGCAAGAAGUACAGCGUGGCCAAGGCCGAGGCUGAGGCCGAGGCCACUACCCCCAUCGAGCUGAUCAGCAGAGGCCCUGAUGGCCGCUUUGUGAUGGACCCCUCUGAGAUGGAGCCCUCCGUGAAGACCCGGCGCAUCGAGGGCUUUCCCUUUGCGGAGGAGACAGACAUGUACCCAGAGUUCCGGCAGUCAGAUGAAGAGAACGAUGACCCUCUGGUGCCCACGUCGGUGGCUGCCCUGAAGCCUCAACUGACCCCUCUGUCUUCCAGCCAGGAGUCCUAUCUGCCUCCACCAGCAUAUAGUCCUCGCUUCCAGCCUCGUGGGCUUGAGGGUCCCAGUGGCCUGGGAAGUCGGCUGCAGGCCACGGGCCAGGCCAGACCCCCGGUACCCAGGCCCUUCCACCACGGCCAGUAUUAUGGGUACCUCAGCAGCAGCAGCCCUGGGGAGGUGGAGCCACCACCCUUCUACAUGCCAGAAGUGGGCAGCCCCCUGAGCUCUGUCAUGUCAUCCCCCCCACUGCAUGCCGAGGGGCCUUUCGGCCACCCGACCAUCCCAGAGGAGAACGGAGAAAACGCCUCUAACAGUACUCUGCCCUUGACUCAGACGCCUACGGGAGGGCGCUCCCCUGAGCCCUGGGGCCGGCCAGAAUUCCCCUUUGGGGGCCUGGAAGCCCCAACCAUGAUGUUCCCCCCCCACCAGCUGCACUCCCGGGAUGUGGCCGAGAGUCUGCAGCCCCAGGCCUGCCUGCCCCGAGGACUGCCGCCCACCUCCCUCCAGGUGCCUGCAGCUUACCCAGGAAUGCUUUCUUUGGAGGCACCCAAGAGUUGGGUAGGCAAGUCUCCUGGUAGGGGUCCCGUCCCGGCGCCCCCCCCAGCCAAGUGGCAGGAGAGACCUGUACAGCCCUUGGCUAGCCACGGGCAGCUGAGACAUACCAGCCAAGGUAUGGGCAUACCUGUGUUGCCUUACCCCGAGCCAGCUGAGCCGGGGGGGCACAGCGGCCCCAGCACAUUUGGCCUGGACACUCGGUGGUAUGAGCCCCAGCCCCGGCCCCGGCCCAGCCCCCGGCAGGCCCGGCGCGCCGAGCCCAGUUUACAUCAAGUGGUGCUACAGCCUUCUCGGCUCUCACCUCUGACCCAAAGCCCCCUCAGCUCCCGCACCGGCUCUCCUGAGCUCCCUGCUCGCGCACGGCCUCGUCCGGGACUUCUGCAACAGGCAGAGAUGUCAGAGAUUGCCCUGCAGCCGCCAGCUGCCGUCACCUUCUCUCGAAAGUCCACGCCGUCCACAGGCUCCCCUUCCCAGAGCAGCCGCAGCGGGAGCCCCAGCUACCGGCCUGCCAUGGGCUUCACCACUCUGGCCACAGGCUACCCCUCCCCUCCACCAGGCCCGGCCCCUGCCGCGCCUGGGGACAGCGUGGAUGUGUUUGGACAGACACCUUCUCCCCGGAGGAUGGGGGAAGAGCUGCUCAGACCAGAGCCCCCAGCACCGUCAACUACUGCAGGAAUACUCCCACCUGCUCCCGGGAAUGCUGCUGCACCUGAGAGGCUGGAGGCUCUGAAAUACCAACGGAUAAAGAAGCCCAAAAAGUCAUCCAAGGGCUCCUCGAAGUCAAAGAAACGAUCCGACGGUUCUGCCUCUCAGGCUCAGCAGCGUCCCAACUCUCAGGUUCUGUGGCCCGACGAAGCCGUCUGCCUUCGAAAGAAGAAGAGGCACUCUCGCCCCGACCCCUUCGCCCGGCUCUCAGACUUGUGCCACCGUCAGCUUCCGGAAGACCAGACGGCAAUCCUCAAGAGUGCGGAUCAUGAUGACCCAGGCCACGCCACUCUGCUGUGACGCCAUGCCACUCUUAAGUGUCCCCAGGGCAGGCUGCAGGGCUGGGGGCUAGGGAGAGACUGCGAGGGCCUUGUCUCCCUCUGUCCGCCAGGGGAUGGAUCUGAGUUCUGCACGCCACCUCCACCCCUUGGUCCUAGCUGGCUGGCCUGGUCCACAGGACCAGAGCCAGGGCCAUCCUUCCGCCUGUGGGUCAGAGUCAGGAAGUGACUCGUGACACAGGGUCACCUGGCUCUGUCCCAUCUCCCCUCUUCACUGAGAUGAAAUCCUCUCACUUCCUCAGCUGUCUCUGGAUAUGAAGAAAAGGAAAGCUGUGGCUUUUUCUGCUCGGCUUCAGUUUCAGAUCUUUGAGUCCCGGGAGAGGGCUGGACCUCUGUCCCUUUUUCCUGACCCCACAUAUAUAUAGAUAUAGAUACAAUGCACACGUGUGUAGUUGGUGGGUUUCUCUAUGUGUAUAUAUAUGUACUUCAGAGCAAAGUGCUGUUUCUUUCCGUGGUCCAUGAGGAAGGAGGAGUAGUGGACAGCUGGGGCUGGUGAGCAGGGCUGGCCCUGGCCAGCCCGGUGCCUACACGUCUGCCUUGUGGGGCUUCCUGCCGAAAGAGCUCACACCUCUUGGCCAAGUUCACCAUCGUCCUCUGUAGUUUCUUGCAUCCAGAGCAGAAAUGGGGCCCUGCCACAGUUACCAGUAGGAACUCAGCAGUGCAUCACCGCUGAACACAACAUAGUGUUUAUUGCUUGGCCACUGAUGGAGAAGAGGUGAGCAGCAUCUUUCUUCUUCCGCAGUUUGGCUCAGGCUUCAGAACUGGAAGCUGCCUAGUGGUGGGGCUGACAGGCGCCAGAGCCAUCUGGCUGCACAUCAGUUCCUUCAGCUGGGAGCCCUGUGGCCAAAGGUCCUGGAGCCUGGAGCCACCUGUUCGGAGCCUGGAGCAGCCAUGGCUUUAAUUAUAUGCGGCUGUGCAGAGCACUGUCUGAGGCGCGUUCCACCACAGCUGAUUGGCUCCUCCUUUCCUUUUGUGGAAGCUAAUUCUCCAGAUUGAUUAAUUGCCACUUGUGCAGAGCCACCCGUGGCUGCACGCGCCGCCUGCUGCUCUGCACUGCCUGCGGUCCUCCUCCCUUCCUCAGGACCCACACUCCUGUCGUGUGGGCUCUGGUGGAACUAGGGUACCCCUUCCUUGUACAAUAAAGGUGAGCUGGUCAGGGCUUCGGAAUAGAGGGGCAAGGGUGGUCGGCUGGGGUCUGGCCCUAGUCUUCUUGCCAAAAUCUUGCCCUACUUCAAACCUUUUGCACCGGAAGCUUCCACAGUGGGCAGUCUUCCUGCUCGGUGUCCUGGUCUUCCCAGCAGGGUGCUGGGCUGAGGAUGGGUGGAAUGUGUGGCUGCCCUGGCGUCCCCUCUUCCCCUGCAGGUUGGUCUGGCUGAGGAUGGCAGGAGCCACCAGGUUCCUGGAAGUGUUUUCUUCUUGGUGCUGCUGUCUUGUGGGUUAUUCACCUCUUCCCAGUGACCUGCUUGGACAUCAGCCAUGUCAAAGCCCUCGAAGGCUUCUGCUGGUCUCACUGCAGCUGCCAGGGGCUUGGCCCAAGGACCAAAGUAAGCUUGGCCUCUAGCUGCAGCUAGCAGGCUGGUUCUUUGGCUGGAGCUUCCAUCCUGGGGACAGACUUCGUCUCAGCCAGCCAGGCCUGGUGCUUUCUUCUCUGUCCUAGUGACUGGGGGGGCCUGCUCUGCCCUGCAAGCCACCUACCACAGUUUGUUUCUGGACACGGGUGAAAGAGGUGCAGAGGGUCGUUUCAGUCAUGCUGGGAUUAGUUGUGGGCUCUGGGGGUGCCCUCCAGAUGCUUCAGCAGAUGCCUUCCUCUGUGGGAAUCCCCUUGACCACUGGGCAGCAACUCUGGGGAAGGAAGUUGAUAGUAGAGUGGGCAACAGCUUGUGUCCUUCCAGUGGCCAUGCUGCCUUUGCCACUGUACCACCUGGGCUGUUCCUGCAGUGUCUCUCCUGGGGGCUGUUGGGAGCACACCUACCUGCGCUCCUAGCCAGCGUGAGCUGUGGGGCUCUCGGUGGGUCUGUCCGUGGCCUCUGUCCUCUGGCAGUGUGUGAUUGCUCCCCCAGGGUGCCACCUAGGGCCUGGGUGGAAUGUGGGUAUGGAGUGUCAGGGCUGUUGGACAUAAGGUUGAAUUCAGGCAGCUGUUUUGAAGCAGCCUUGUGGGAAUUUUAGGCCUUAAAGUUGUCUGGGCCUUGAGGUUAGGAAAGGAAAGAAGAGACGCUCAGGUGGGAAGUUUGCUUCCUUGGGAUGUUGUGUGGGGCUGGAAGCAGGGCUUGUGGCUGAGGCACUGUGGCCCGUAUCUGGGCUUUCUUGGGCCCAAGGUGGACAGAGGUGCUGACUCCCACCCUCUCUCCUUGCCUCUGGCAGCACCCCUCACCUCAGUACAGAAGACCAAAUAGUGGAAGCUGUGUUUUUGCUGGCCACUGGGCAGCAGCCCUGUUGCGGUGUCCCUAGGGCUGGAAAGGACACAAGGUCUACCUAUCCUCAGUGGCCUUGGGCUUUUUCUCCUCCUUAUGUGGCUUUCUUCUUGUGACUGUGUCCUUGGAGGCCAGCCUCCUUCCUAUACCUCUGGAAGCUGUUUCAUUCUUUCCUUUAAAGACUUCAGAGGAAGUUCACAGAAUCCAAUUUUGUUCCGCCAUGGGACGGAGGAUGAGGGUGUUAGCAUACUGUUCAGCGGGCCGUGUUGACAGGUGCAUGUGAGUCUGUAUGGUGAGUGGAUCCAUUAUUAGGGACCAGUGUCCUUUGUGCUCUGCUUUUGAACAUGGCAAUGACAACUAUGAAGCUUUUUAGGACUCUUCACCCUCCAGCCUGGGAGAUCAGUCUUCCAGACUUCCUGUUUUAGGAUCUGGUAGCCUUGCCAUAGACACAGUUCAGAUAAAAUCCUGUUCUUGUAUCUUGGAUUUUUAUCUGCAGCUUUCUUCUGCAUCUGGGCUGGAAACAGUGGCUGUUGGGUCAGCAGAUGGUCCACAGACCAGGAAGACAGUGAAGUCUCUAAGAAGCUGAAAGACUGCAAGUGUGCAGGGAAGUAGUGAGCAAUAAGGAGGCGAGUCUGGUGUGCAUCCGAAUCUUGAGUGCUGACUGGCCACCAGCAGGCGUCAUGGCUCUGCCCCGAAGCCGUGUGUGCGUGGUCUCGGUUCCAGCGGAGCAUCUGCCCGGGACUGGCCCCACCGGCUGGCCUUCCGUCCUUGCAGGGCUUGUGGAAAGACCAGGGUGGGAGAGGCUGUUCGACACUUGCUUUCUUAGCAGGAGGAACACUAGGUUUCAAGGGCCAGUGGGGCCAGAGCCUGUCUUGAGGAUCUGGGUCACAGUUGGGAUGCUGGAGAUGGCUCCAGCAGCAGUGGACGGGGAGGGUUGUUGGUGUUUUUCCAUGGUCUCCGUCUUUAUUUCUCUUCUAAAAUACCUGGGGUUAAAUGGAUUUCAGCUGUUUAUUCCUCUGCCCUUUUCUCACACAGGAAACUGGAUAAGCUUCACAUGUAGAUUUCUCUUUUUUCUGGCAAGACUGACAAACAGCUUCAGGAGAGAAACUGAGGCCACAGAACAUCAGGCAUCUUUGCUACCACACAGGGUUUGACUCAGACCUGAAGUGUGUGUGGCUGUAACGGUUUCUUCCAGUAUUGUUUGCAAGUGUCUUUUGGGUUUUUGGUGUGGGCUGGGGGAAGAACUAUAGAUAAAAUAUAUUUUAUUGGUAUGUAGAGAACCCUGAGAAGGAACAGCUUGCUUUGCUUUCAUGUAAAGAGCUUUGGGUGACAUCAUAGGGGUUGGGGGAGGCAGUAGGAAAGAGCCUAAGGACAGAGAAGGGCAGGAAUUAGGGGAGGCUCCCUGAUGCUCUGUGGGAGCUAUGAGCAUUUCCGUCAGUGCUCUUAGCUCAGCCUGCCCUUCUGUGUCUUCCAGGACAGGCAGUACAGGCUCCAGGCAGAUGGUGGCUCAGAGUCCUGCUCAGUACUGCUGUGGGGAGGGCUCAGGAAGGGCCUCAGUGGCCAGCUCUCCGUUAAGCAGCCAUUGCCCAUGUUUUAGGAGGAGGUGUUAGAGAGCUGGAACAUGGAGAAGAGGCCUGGUCCUUUGCCAUGGUGGAAGGCCAAAAGGGCAUAGAGCACUGGCUCUGUCAUGGUGUAGGGGCAGGAGUCCUGGGUCUGCCUGGUGGCACCCAGGCAGGGGCCCCAAGCCUUGCCUCUCUCCUCAGGGCAUCUGCACCCUGACAAUUUAGGGUCAACACUGGGGCAUUGUCCCAAAGGGGCAAGUGACUGUCCACUGAGGGUCAGAUGGAGGAGAGAUAGUAGCAGAGACCCUGGGGACAGAAGUGGGAAGGGACUUAGCCACUGAGAGUAGGCUGAGGCUGGGCUGGUGUACGUGCUCAGACUGCAUGUCGGAAAAGAUCUUGCUUCUCAACUGGACUUCCCGCUGCCUCUAGAAUUAGCUUCUGAUGCUAAAUGCUGAGAUGUGGUCAUCCUUGUCAUGUUCUUCAACUUUCUGUCUUUGUUUUUGGAAUGUCCUCAGGUCUGGCGCACGGAGACUCGUCUUGAAAUGGCCAGUCUAUCCUUAGCUCUAGGUCAGGUGGUGAAGAAAGGGUUGUCCUCAGGGGCUUCCUGAGCUUGUUUUAGUAAGCAGAAGUGGCAGAGUGCCUUUCCUUUUGUCCACCAUUUGAAGAUUCUCACAGGUCCUGGUGACAGUGGGAGCUGGGCGUCCGUACUUGUCAGCUUUCUUGGGUUACACAGAGUCCGUUCAGGCUGUGGAGCUACAGAGUGGUCAGGCCUUGAGGUUUUAUCUUUACUUCUCUUCUUUGGAAAGUAACCCAUCUGCAGCUGAGGUGGAAACCAUUUCACCUUGAAAUCAGAGAGCAGACAUUCUUCCUUUCUUAAAGUCUCCAGCUCUGCUUCCAUUUGGAUCAAGAGGUGGAAUUAAAAAUCACCUCUUUAGAAGAAGUCAGUAAACCAAGGCUCAAGGCCAAGACUGGGCUUUUCAGCGCCCUCACCAACUUGAUGUUUGGUCAGGGGCGUGUCAUCUCUGACGGUCCGUCUGCUUAGGGCCAAGACCUUUAUUUCUGGGCCCCUAUCUACACUUUCAGAUAAGUCUUUGAGGAGCAAAUAUACUCUUCCCACCAGAUGUUUUGUGUGUUGUUUUGCCAAGAGAGUAGAGAUUUUUUUUAGGACCUCAUUUUAAACUGAUAGAAAAAUUCCCAGUCUAUUGACUUGUUGUUCAAAGACACCUGUAGACCCUCAGGGUUUCUGUGUCAAUGAAAAACUAAGAAUUAUUGCAAAUACCAUUAAUGGCUGGUAAUGCUUUAGAGGAGGAAUUGAUUGAUAAACACUUCCAUAGAGCAGCAGCCAGUCUUUACUGUUGCCUGGGAACUCUCUUCUGCAGGGGUCAGUGGCAAUGGUUAGGGAUUCUGAAGAGAGCUGGGGACAGCAGCUCUGGAUGCUGCCAGGGAAAGCCAGCCUGGGGAGUAACCAAAGUAUCCCAGAGCCUCCUCCCAUCCCUGGCCCUUGGUGUCUGCCUUUCCCAUCCCUCUACUUGGUGACAGGAAUGGCCAUCUGAGCCUGUUUUUCCUGUGGGUCUUGAAGAAACCUGUCUCACUAAUCCUGUGCCUCUGCCCCUAGCACUGGAUUUCCUGGAUUAUUUUAGGAACUAGGGCUAGCUCUGCCCCUGUAUCUCAUACACUCAUGAGUUAGGUUCCCUUCCCUCCCCUCCCUCACUUCUAUAUGGCUCCAGGGAUCUUGAACUUGUGCAUGGUUUGAGACAGGGAAGUGGUUGGGUGGGGAAGGGAAUUUGGGAGGGUACUAGGGUUGGGCUGGGGAGGGGUAUUUUCAUUUUUCAGCCUUAGGAAUACUGCAAGCAUGCUUGUUUCGGCUAUGUUUCGGGUUUUGCCUAAGUAGAUGGAAGGGGCCAAUGCCCAAUGCCCCCUCAUGCCAAUGAAGAGGGCCAGGUGGUAUUUUGCUUCUCUUUGGCUUGGCAAGCUAUGAAACCUUGUAUCUGAUGGAGGGACUAAACCUCAUGAUCAUCUCACAGUCCUUGAAAGGGAAACUCAGUCACUCUAUCAGUGAGUAUUUCUAAUGGUUGUUGUGGACAAUGAGCGGUCUGGUCAUGAGCUAACAUUGUCCUUGGCUGGGUCAGAGGAACAGGAUUCCCUUACUGUCCUGCAGUGUGAGGCAUCUUCCUGCUCUCUAACCCCUGCCUGCCAACUAUUCUAGUGUUCCCUUCCUGGGUUCAGGAAAUGUGUGUGGUGGGUGUGUGCAAGAGCGUUGUGCGAGCAUGGAAUCUGUGUGUGUGUUGUGUGUGUGUUAAGAGAUGUGUAGGGACACACUGCUUUGCCUGAGUAGCAUCAGGCCUGGGAGACCCUCCUUCAUGUUGGCUUUCUUUGGUAGUAGGGUCACAUUAAUAAUACGCCAGCUUGGGUGUAUUUUUUAUGGAGAUUGUAUAUAAAAUUAUAUAAAUAUAUAUAACUUGUUCUAUUUUAAGGAGCUGGGGGAAUUUAUGUUGGGGGGUGAGAAUCAGAUGCAAUAGUAAUGAUUUACAGUGGGCGCCUCAGGCAAGUGGCCCUUGCAGAUUGGGGGCUUCAUGAACAAGCAGGAGAUGCGAGCUGGGUGGGGUGCGUGGGCUCGCGCCCCUGCACACAUACAUAAAUAGAGAGAAAACCUAUAUCAAGUCUAUCUAGCUAGCUUAUCUAUAUAUCUGUAUGAAGUCAUAGUUUGCUUUAUUUUUGUACCUGUGCUUAGAGAUGCUUUGAGCAGUGUCACCUUCCCUAGUGGGAACUAGCUCAUGCCUUGAUGCUGCCUCCUUGUGCGUCCUUUCUGGGAUGCAUUCUCUGUCCAGAGCUGCUUGGGUCUUUCUAAUAGAAAUGUGUAUAUAUGAAAAAACUUAAACAACUCACUUGUAGAUGCACAAGUGAGCUGAAUGUUGGGGGGGGUGGUUGUGGGAUCCGAUGACCUCAGAGAGUGUGGAUCCAAGUGUCUCUUGGCACUAGUAGGAGACACUGGGAAGGUGCUUGAUCCAGUGGGGGUGCUAGGGGGCUGGAGACCCCAUGGAGCCAUCGUUCGGUGGCUGUGGCUGAUGUCCAGCUCCUUGGAAUCCAGCUCAGUAGCUGGUAAAGAAUGUGGUCAGGAUUUUUAGGGACCGUCCUGGUUUGUAGCACCUGGGCUCACGGCAGGUUUUGGAGGACUGGUGGUAACAGUUUGUGAGGCUGACUGUGAGGACCCAGUCUUGGAAAAGAGAUACCCUGAGAAUUAUCACUGCAGAUUCUUGGAACCAGUGUGAAUGUGAUAUUUAGUAUAAAUAUGUCAUUGAUGCUAUUUUCAUUUAGUUUUAAUUAGAAAACAAAGUGCUGUUGGAAGAAGUCAUCCAAUCCUGGUACAAUGAAUGGACAAUCAGGAAUGAGAGAUUAACUUUAGACAGAUCCGGGAGGGUGAGUUUUACUGGGACCUUCCUUCUGGUACCCAGUCAGGGACUGACUUCCCUGAACAAUGUAUUGGAAAAAUGUGACCAAGAAUGGGAGAUUCCUGGGGGGCGGGGGGUAUCCACUUGAGUUGGAGCCAGUAAGUCUGCCUAGGCUGAAGAAUACCUCUGAGAAUUCAAGACCUCAUAUUCGCUGCAAAGGCGACGUGCCGUGUGGCCUCGGCAGCCAGCUCCUGGUGCUAGCUCUUCCUUCUGACUUGCCAAGUACUCAGAACGUGUUUGAAGCUACUGCAGGGCCAGAUGGUGCAGGGAGCCUGGUGAGAUUCAGUGACUACAAGCUCUCAUCUCUUGUUUCUGCUCAUAACUCCAAAAGCAGCAACACUAUCCCCUCUUCCCCAUGCUGUCUAAGAGCUGUCUAAGAGCUCUUGACUGGAUUUUGACCAUUUGAGCAACUCAGAUGCCCCGGUCAUGAGGAUGUUGGUAGUGUUAAUGAGAAAAGUGGGUCAGGGUGGAGCUUGAGCCUAACUUCUGCUUCUUAGUGGAUCUUAUACAGCCCUGCAUUCAUUAGGGCACUGUUUCUGGGGCUCCAAAUAUUUCCUAUUGUCUAUGGACACAGUGGGAGAGCGGCCUGUCCAUGCAGUGCUGGGAGGCCUGCAACCCUGGCUGCAACUGGCACAUGACUAAUCUUUCCCUAAGACUCCCCGGGAGGCCAGGAGAAGCUGCAGCAGGUGAUUCUUACAAGGUUUUUCUGGGAGACUGAACAAGAGGAAGAGCAGCGCCUUCUAUGUCCCUUCCCGGCUCGUACCCCCUCCUGAGCUACCAAAGAGGGGUUUCUGUGACUAUGCUUUUGGCUCUCAGAGCCAGCCUUUUCUCUUUCUCAGUGGACUCUGUCCCAUUCCUGGUCACAUGUAACCUGUAGAAUCAGUCAGUUCAGCACACAGGCACCUCAAAGGGCGUGUACUCCAUGAGGCCCAGAGCUCCUUCAAGAUUCCAUCUCUUUCCACAUUGAGCCAAAGGCUUGAUCCUCAGCCACACAAGGUGUGGGAGAUGAGGAGAGCCUGCACAUUGCCAUCGCAUUUGUCAGUGUAAGUGGACAUUUCAUUUGGGAGAAAGCAGGGAAGACAGGGACCUUGAAAUUGUGGAGCCUGCAGAGGGCGUGUUACUCUCCAGUGUCCUUCCUCACCCAGCUCUCAGAAAGAGGGUGUGAGGUGUGGCACUGGAGGGGAAGGAACAGGCAGCUCGUAUCAAUCUCCCGGUGUGUGGAACAGAGGGCAGUGGGAUCUGACCAUGGAGUAAGCAAGGUGUCCUGUUUUUGAGCCUUUCUGUUAAUGGGACAGGUAGGUGGGAGGGGUCGUCUGACGAAGCCUUCGAGGCCCACAGCCACUGCUAGGGGGUGAGCUGCCCCCUCUGCUUGUGACUUACUCCUUAGCCCCCAGACAGUGAAGGGUUAUGGGAUUUUGGUGCUUUUCCCUUUUGGUAGGAAGUAGGGGGAUGUGUAGAGUUCUUGUUUUGCUACCUCUGUCUGAUACAUGGAUGAGAGUAAGGAAUAGAUCUGCUGGGAGAUGCUCUCCCACAGAUCAUGCAGGCUGUGUUCUUUCUGCAUUGUUAUCACCAGGGCGCCUGGGGAGAGCACGGGCCUUGUCCUUGUUCUUGGGCCUUUGCUGUGAAGGCUCACGUGGAUCCACCUUGGACAAGCACUGGACACCAGAAGUGCUGUCAGGCCUGCACAGCACUGCAUCGGUGAGCAUGCAGUCCCACUGCAGGGCGGGGCUUCUGCUGUUGGGCAGUGUGCAGUCUGCACUGGGAGGUUGCUCCAUGGAAUGCGCUGGAUGCUGGGCUUUAGGCGAGAUGUGGGAGGGGAAGGGCAGAGCUGAUGCUCCAUUUACUAAAUUGAAUGUGUGAGUGGGAGAAAGUCUUCAAGUACCAUUCAGAUUUAAUUUCCAAACUGCUGUUCGUGGGGCCAGAGAUGGAGGCCAUGGAUGGGGUGUGGUCACUAAAUACCCGUCCUUGUCCAUAACCCGGUGAGGAGGGAUAGCCUCUGCUAACGUGAGCAGCUCUCGGUACCACGUGUGGCCUCAUGCUCUCCCACCUGGGGGAACCGCGCUGUCCUGGAUGUGCUGCUCACAUUACACACAUGGAGGCGGUUCUUGAGGUUCCCCUCCUGUUACCCCGAGCUCUGUGGAUGCCCAAAGGGGAGGGUGAGGAGGGGUGCGGGAGGGGUCCCAGCGCCCUCCUCCAGAUACCUAAUGGCCUCCUGCUUUUGGUUCUUCUUUUCUAAGGAGUCUGGAUUGACUCGGUUUCGUCAUGAGAUUUCUUGCUCUCAUUUCGAACUCUAUUUGCUUCCUUCAGCUUUCCUUGGGGCUUCCCCCAUUCAUGCCAGGUCUUCUUGUGAAGACUCUUCGGACCUUGUUUCCAUUUCUCGAAUGUUGAGUAUUGUAACAUCACCGUGCUAGGGUGCUUUAUGGUGCUGUCUGAGAGGCCAGCCGGCUGGACUGGCUCCUCCUGCUGGUUCUUUAGAUCUUGUAUUUUGUCUUCUUUGAUUUUUUUUCCCCUAGGGGUUUGGGGUGGGUAACUUGGGAGUAGAUUUUGUGUUCUCUCUGUCUUUCUUUUCUGUAUGAAUGAACUGCUUAAGGUCAGUUAGCAAGAGCAGCUGACUUCACGGUAUUGACUGGUUGGCUGACUUUGGUUCCAAAUUAAAGACAAACCAACAUGUUGUACAGCCGUGUACAGAACACCUUUGGGUGUGAAUUUGGAUGGUGACUAGAGGCUUACUUUUUGAACUUCAGGUAUGUAACUCAAAAGUAAAUAAAAACACUAUUUUUUCAGUAAGCUUUUUUUUUUUUCUUCUAAAAGAUAACUUAGAAAUCAAACUACAAAAACAUAAAAUCGGUGCUGUACCUAAGCCUUACACAAACACAUUCUACACUCUGUAUAACCUGUCUCUGGGGCGCUCCCUGCUCCAUCACCCUCUUCUCAAAGCCUGGGAAUGCCAGCAUGUGCCAAGCCUGGGGCCGGCUGUUGGGGACCAGUGGGCCCAGGGGACCCUGGGAGUAGAGGAUGAUGGUAGUAGAGAUGAGGUGUGGGGUCCUGCUACCUGAACAGUGUGGAAAGGAAACCAGGCAUUUGGGUGUGUGAUGUAUGUGUGUGCAUGUGAAUGUGUGCAUGAGCUUACAGGUGCACAAUGCCAAAGUAAAUGCACCAACUGGGGCUUGAAGGAGACAGGUGUGCCCAGGGAUGUGGCGAGGGGCCACACUCGCUCCUGCGUCCGCUCCCCUUCCGUUUCUCCUGUCAGGGAGUGGAGAGAUGCUUGGGAAUAGCUACACUCCGACCAGGUGCUCCUUCCUCACAAUCUCCAACCUGUAAGCACUGCUAAAGGGCCCUUCCCAGAGGUGGGCUCUCUGGCCACCGAAUCAGAGCCAGGACUGGCUGGAGUCUCUCCUUCCCAGCCCUUCCUCAGCUGGCUCCCUCGGGGUCCCUUUUGCUGGCCUGGGUCUCUUGUUGCUGCCACCCUCCAGUUGGUCUCGCAUCUACUGUCUUGCCCCUCCCUGCCCACCGAGAGGAGCUCCAGGAGGUGACUGCUCUGUCACACUGCUGCGGGGCCCUGAGCAAUAAUGCCCACCCUGGCUGUUGGCCACAGUGAUUCCUCUGGCCUGGGAUAUGCCAGUUAGAAACAGUGACCCCAAAGCCCCAAGAGGGAGAGAUUCACAGUCUGCCUGGCUCAGGCUGCCACUCCAGGCUCCACUUGCUGGUAUUUUCAGGCUUGCUGAACCCUAACCAAGUCUUCGCCAGUAACACUGCAUGCUCAUAUCCUGAAUUACAAAUCAAAACGAGCGAACCAAGAGAGAAACAACACAGUGCGUCCCGUGACCAGAUGUGUAGCCUCGAAGGUACCCCGGGAGUGUUGCGAGUUAAACCAAGUAAAGGUUUAGUAUUUAAAUGACUCAUGUAACAUUACUCUGCUUCGGAAAUGUUUUGUAUUUUGGUAUAAAUAAACAUUUGCUAAAAAAGUUCA